AUGCUCAGAUCCAUGCAGAGAGGACGCAAUCCAACUAUGGAGACCAUAGUCGCAUCCAGGCUCGUACACUACACCCAGGAACGUGUGCGAACGUUGAGUCCACAAGAUGGCAUGCUCCUUGGAGAACUGCUCUCGCAGUAUCCCCCCAAUCCACCAAUGCCCUCGACAAGCCCUGGAUGGUAUUGGAGGAUGGAGGAGCCACUACUCGAGGCAGAGUUGGAGAAACGAGGUCUUCUAACACAUGAAGAGAAGGACUAUUUGCGCGCCCGUCGACAACUUCUAGCUGGCCGAAGCGAUACAAUGCCCUCUUGA